AUGUCUGACAAAACCAAAGCCGAAACCAAAACCAAAAAUCUAAAAAAGCGCAAGGAACUUUCAGACUAUGAAAUAGGCAUGGUCGUCGGUGGUGCCCUUCACGGAAUCCCACUCUCUGCAAUCUCCGAGAAGACUGGCAUACCCAAAUCCACCGUCCACAACACAGUCCAAAGAUGGCGGCAGAAUGGCACCGGGAUUACUGAAAAACGAAAAGGAAGAGCGUUCAUAUUCGAUGAACGAGCCGAACGCCAUCUCAAGAACGAAAUGAAGCGAAACCCCGAUGCAAAACUUGCAGAUCUGACGGCCUUUAUGAGAGAAUCGAUCGGUCACACAGUCAGCCCAAGAACUGUUCAAUUAGCCAUUCUUAGGAUUGGAAUGACUUUAAGCUAA